UUACCAUUAAUUACAAUCUUUGCAGCCAUUAAAGUUAAUUAUUUGCAUUUAAAUUUUCCGAAUUGGAGUGAAAAAGUCGAUGACCUCCAAUGACGUCGCACUUUCUCACAGUUCAUUUCUCCAACUUUUUUCUCCCUCAGACAAGUUUUCUCGCAUCUUUUUCUCAUUCUCUUCACUCUUCUGCCUUGGACGGACCUAUUUUUCUUCUUUCGCCAAUCGUGACGCCACGACGACAUCAGUGUCGACAAAUCCAGUUGUACCAGAGGUAAAAAUAAUUACGAGUAAUUGCAAGAGUUUAUGUUGCUGUGGGAGAAUUUUAAAACGCUGAGCACGAGGUUUCUUGGAGGUAGGUGAUUUGAAAAUAUUGGGUUUCCAGAAUGCAGAAGUAAUAAAUAUUUAACAUCUUUUUGAUUUCCAGGAAUUACAAUGGGUAGGAAACGUGGUCAUCGUCAAAAGCCGAGGGGGCCCUCUUCAAUCAGGUCGCAGGACGAUUCAUUCUCGAAGUUGGAUGAGUGUAGUGACAUCGAGGAGAAGACCAGCAACUUGUCCCUUUGCGACAGUCCCAUUCUCACGCAGGCAUUUCGAACAACGAGAAGCAGUACGAGCAAGAAUGCGGGGUUAUCGAUGGGGCUCGAAGACUCUGGCAUGGGGUCAAGUCCAUCCAGAAAAAGGAGUAAAGCUAGUGAUUUGUCGCCUUCUGUUGGACCAUCGGAAUCUGUGACUUCCAAUAAAAAUGGGGAUACGACCUUAUUAAGUCCAAUCGUAGCUUCUGAAAAUGAACGAGUCAGAACAAACAGGCCUUCACCACCACGACCAAAUCAUGAUGCGAAGCCGAACUCUCAGGAGAAUAAGAUAAAGAUGCACCAUAACCCAAUUCAGACGUCCACGCCCAUCAAAAGUGUAGUGCCAUAUCAGACCUACUCGUUUUUCAGUUUGAUCACGGGAGAUGAGGAGGAAAGCGCUGUGGUGAACACUACGCCACAACCUGGUAACAACGAUCUCAACACGCCAGUUCGGAUGCAGCGAACUCCUGCAAGAAGGAUGAACAAAAGUAUUGAUGGAAUCUUUCCCAAUUUAUGUCAAAAAACCCCGGAACCACGCCGUCGAAAUUCUCCCAACGAGAGCCGAGCAGAUGGUGAUACUUCUAACGUUAUUCUAGUGCCACUCUAUCACAAAUUCGACCUGGACGCGGGUUUUGAUGACCAGCCCGGUGGAAGUGGCAGGUAUGGCCUCCGACCGCGCAACCUAUUCAACAGCGGUGUUUCUAUCAAGAAAUAUGACAUGUUUGGAGAAAAUGACACUUCGGUGGAAGAUGAGAAAGCUGACAAGGAUGAUGAAGACGUUUUCUUCUUUUUGCAAAGUGACGAUGACGAGGAUGAUUAUUUCGAGAUGGACGAUAUCAUGGAGGGUCAGGAGAAGAAGAGGUCUUCCUACUCUGGAAUUCGUGGUCCCAAAGCGGACGCAAAAGCUUUAAGUUUGGUUACCAAUUGUCCCGUCAGUGUGAAAUGGUUGGUCGACAAUUUUGAGUAUUGUCCUGGUAGAAGUUUACCCCGUGGCUUCGUUUAUGAUCAGUAUGUCCUCCUGUGCAAUCAGAACGCAUUGGAGCCAGUGAAUGCGGCCUCGUUUGGAAAACUGAUAAGAUCCGUCUUUCCUGGACUGAAGACACGUCGACUGGGAACUCGAGGGAACUCCAAGUAUCAUUAUAACGGCGUUUAUCUUAAGACAAAUAGUCAUCUCAUGGUUAUACUCAACCUAGUUAAGACACAGCAGGGAUUAAGUUAUGAUGGAAAUGGGAAACGGGGGCGCAGAGUGCGUCGCUGUUUUGAAGGAAUUCCAAGUAGGAGUGAUAUUUUCAAGACGAAAGAACAUCCCGACGAAUUUGCCGAUUGUUCUCCACUGGAUUAUCUUGGAAAACGUCGCGACACUGGCCCGUUUGUCCAACUGCAAGUUGACCAUUCCGUUACCCUUUCCUUUGACUCGGGGUUACUGAAUGUUUUUGAGUCAAUGUAUCACUCGCAUUGUCAGAUGAUUUUGACCCACGUUGAAAAGUUUGAUCUGAGACUAAUCUAUAAUGAGUGGAAGCUAUUUUGGCGAAACAAGCCUCACAGUACACAUGAGGAAGUUGGAGCUGUCCAUUACAAGAGUCUCAUGUCCAAAUCUACUCUGUUCAAAAUAUGCUCACUGGAAUCUGUCCAACAAUACAUCAUGUCCAUGGAUCUAUUCACGUACCAGUACGCCAUCGAUAUUUUAUAUCCAUGCUUGUCCAAAGGAAUGCCUAUCUCAAUGGUCAACACCUUGCGAUCUUUCAUUAAGGAAGGUCUAUACCUCUUUAACAAAAUCUUGGAAGACUAUCCCAAAUUGAUGGUCAGUAUCAAGACACGCUGUUUCCAAACGUUGCUCGUCAUGUUGGAUGAUUACUCAAACUUGAACAGGAUGCUAAAGUCGGCCGUGUCCACUAUUCGAAAUGUGGACAAUAUACAAGCCAUGCAUUCAGAACUUUGUCGUUCCAUUAACUUUGAGAACAUGGAGAAACAAGUAGCUCUGUUCAAGAAGCAGAGUGCACUUCUCGUUCAAAAUAAUCUAAUUCUUGAAUUCAGACAGAACUUGGAUCAACACCAGAAUUACUCGAUAAAAUGUUGGGUUCACUGGGGGGAAAUGGUUGCUCAAAGAUUAGUUGAGGAAAGCAAUCGACAGGUUGCAGAAGGAGAAGUCACAAAACAAAUGGAAUGCCCCUUUUCCAUUUGGAAAAAUGCAAGCGAUCGCAUGUUGGGAGCCAUUGUAAAAGAUAAUGCUGUCAGUUUUGGGGUUUUUAAAGGAUUCCUGCAAUGGUGUGAUAACAUAAUCCAACACAUUACAAAGUUGACCAUUGCGCGCUCCGAGGGCUACACUCUUCCCAUCUUUUACUACGAAACGAUUCUAAGGGAACGUGAUCAAACGUGGCGAGAAAAUACCAAAAUUUACAAAUCCAUGACUCUCGCUCAACAACAAAAUCGUGAUCAACCAGGAGGGAGUCGUAAUGUCCAUGCGGGCGCUGAGGAAAUUUUAGGACCUGCACAUCACUUCAUUCUGAAUGACAAUAGCAAUAGCAACGAUCCACUCUCAAAUUAUAAUCCUCCCAUCAGUCCAGAUUACCGAAAGCCUACCGUAACAUAUUUCAAUCCAAUGUCAUUAACAAACGGACAAACUAUGUCGUUCGCCACAAAUGCGCCGGGACCCUCUACGUCAUCGUCGGAUCACACCGUCCCUGACAACGUCUACCACAACUAAGAUUUACGUUUGAGAAUAUCAGAAGAUCAAUCACUCAAUCAUGUUUUUAAUCAAAUAUUUGAAGAAUUUUUAUCUUGUUAAUUCAGAGAUUGCUAUCUUACCAUUGUCAUUAUUAUGCUACCUACAUUUAUUUAAUUAUUAUUAAUUAUUAUGCCUUUAACAUAUAUUUUAUCUUGUUUCGUACAUACUGAUUGUUUCCAAAUUCUAGUCUAAUUUGUGAUGAUACAAUUAUCC